AUGAACCCCCCUCCCAACGGCUUCUAUGCCACCGGCCCGCCCAUGAUGAACCCUCCGCCGCCGCGUCUGUUCGGCAGCGGCACCUACGACCCGUCGCAGAUGCCGCCGGGCAACAUGUUCAACCUCGACGACGACGACCACAACGACAGCGACCCCAAGCGGCGGCGCAUCGCACGGGCGUGCGACAUGUGCCGGAAGAAGAAGAUCAAGUGCGACGGCAAGAUGCCCUCGUGCACCCACUGCCAGAACUACAAGACCGAGUGCAUCUUCACCCAGGUCGAGAAGAAGCGCCAGCCGCCAAAGGGCGCCAAGUACAUCGAGGGUCUGGAGAACCGCCUGGCGCGCAUGGAGUCGCUGAUGCGCCUCUCUGGCGUCCUACCCGAUGACGACGAUGGCAGCACCGACCUGGCCACACUCGAGCGGCGGCUGGAGGCACGAGCCGGGCGAUCCGCUACACCCCGGAAUAGCAUCGACGACCGACGAGCCUCCAUGGCACCGCCCACAACGGGCCAUUCGACCGCCAAUGGCACACCAGCACAGCCAGCUCUCCCCAGUCCGAGGAGCGGCACCGCCUCACCAGAGCCCCAGGAAGAGAUGGACACCACCAAGGACAAAGACAAGGAAGAAGACGCGCUCGCCGAGAUGAUGUGUUCCCUGGUGACGAACAACUGCGGAGAAACCAGAUAUAUCGGUUCAUCCUCCGGUUUCUCCAUCUUCUCGCCCAAAGGCAUACAAUGGGUCAACGAAAAGACCGGCGACAACUCUUUCCGCGACAUGAUCUCCACAGCCGCCGUCGAGGACAACAAGUGGAUCCAAUGGCGGCCUGACGUCUUCCAGGACAUCUUCAAGCGCCGCGUCUACAAACAACUCCCGCCCAAGCACGAAGCUCUGUCUCUACUCAAGGACUAUUUUGAGAACUUCAACUGCAUGUUCCCGCUGUUCCACGAACCGACCUUUAUGCAUCUGGUAGAUAAGCACUACUCAAAAGACCCAUACGAGGGAUCCGGCUGGUGGGCCAGUCUGAAUGUCGCUCUAGCUUUUGCACAUCGAUUGCGCGUCAUGAGCAAUUUAGUCCCAGCAGAAGAAGACGAAAAGGCGUGGCAGUACCUGAAGAACGCCAUGAGUGUCAUGGUCGAGCUCACCAUGCGUAACACCGAUCUACUUAGUGUGCAGGCUUUACUGGGAGUGGGUCUCUUCCUCCUUGGAACGCCGAACCCACAACCUACCUACUUCUUCGUUGCCACCGCCAUGCGACUUGCGCAUAGCAUUGGUCUCCACAAGAAGGGUGCCAACUUCAGUCUCAACGCCGCGGAAGUCGAACAACGAAGGCGUGUUUUCUGGAUAGCCUACAUGCUGGACAAAGAUAUUUGUCUGAGGUCUGGCAGACCACCUGUGCAAGACGACGACGAUAUGAACGUCGAGCUACCGAGCGAGACUCCACCGGACAAUAUCGGCAACAUCCCGCUCGCUGAUGGAAAGGGCACCAUGAACCUGUUCCGUCUCAUGUGCACCUUCUCCGUGAUCCAAAGCAAAGUCUACAAGGGCCUCUAUUCAGUAAAGGCAUCCAAGCAGACCGAUGGCGAGCUACUCAAUACUAUUGGCGAACUCGACAAAGAGUUGGAAGCCUGGAAAGACGACAUACCACUGGAAUUCAGACCAGAGCACGACAUCAAGGCAUCGCACACCCCGCUCAUCCUUCAGGUCGCAGUGCUACAUCUCGGAUACUACAACUGCUUGACCACUAUCCACCGCAUGAGCGUGCAUCACGGAUACUGGACCAGUCGAUUAUCCAACUUCGCGAUACAAGGUCUCAACGCUCGCCCUCUGAACCCCAGAGUCUUCAUGUCCGCCCAAUUGUGUGUCCAAGCCGCUCGAGCUUCGAUACAUCUCCUGAAGUACAUACCUAAAGGUGACUUGUCGUGUGUCUGGCUGGUCAUCUACUUCCCUGUCACCGCUCUGGUCACGCUCUUCGCCAACAUCCUACAAAAUCCACAAGACACACGAUCACGGUCAGAUCUCAAGCUAAUGAAGCUGGUCGUCAACUUCCUGAACAUGCUCAACGACGACCAAGGUAGUGGCAGUGUUAAGCGCAUGUGCACAGUUUGCGCUGAGUUUGAGCGCAUUGCCACUAUCGUGCUUGAGAAGGCAGAUCGCGAGCACGCAUCGCGGCGGAAGAGGAAACAGGGCGAUAGCGAACAGGAUGCUCAGAUCGAAGCAACCGCGGCUGAGCUCCUUUCAACAGGCCGCAACCCACAGUCCCCACCUCAGCAAGUUACGACCCCACAAAAUCCUCCCGCUCAAGAGGGUAUGAUCUUCAAUCCAGAUUUCCAUGGGUUCAACGAGCCAUUCCCCUUCUCACCGAAUUUCACACACGACUCCUUACAACCCAACAUCCAAAUGAGCCAAUAUGGAUCACCAGGAAUCACCGCGCAAAUGCUCCAGCAAUCACAAAGUCUACCGAUGACAACAGGUGGUGACAUAAAUGGCGUUAACGCAAACAUUAAUGCCAUGGCCGGCAUGGGCCAGUUCGAUCAGACUCUUAACAACGUUCCACAAGAUCUGUGGAAGAUGCCAAUGACACUGGAAUGGGAUUGGGCGGAUAUGACUGGAGGCUUCUCGGGAUACGAGGAUGGCAUUAGUAUGAACGGUGUACUUCCGGAUUUCUCCAAUAACACCGGCCAUGGAACAAGCGAGUUCAACCAAGGCGCCAUGAAUGGUGGUCGAUGA